AUGAACCCCACUGCAAACCCCAAUCGGCGAAGUUGUCAACAAUGCAGUCGCAAAAAAAUCCGCUGCGACAAAUCCCAACCAUGCACUAAUUGCUCAAAGUCGCAGCUCGAAUGUAUAUUCCCCGGCUCAGGCCGCGCACCACGACGGAAGAAACGGCCUUUGAAAGCUGAGCUUAUUUCACGGUUGAAUCGUCUGGAGGAUGAGGUUAAAGGGCUGAGGGAAUACACCGAGGAGGCUAAUAGAGUCAAUCAACGUUCGUGUUCAGAAAAUGCGGUGGUACCGGAGAAUGCUGCAGGUGGGCAGCGAGGAAGGUUGAUUGUUGGAAAUGGGUAUAGUCGAUAUGUUACGCAUGAUGCUCUGGUUAAUGUUGAAGAUCAGGUGGAUCUCGUGUUGAUAGCUGUUUCGCAGAUCAAGGAACUUCAAGAUGAUGUGGAAGAUUCGCCAGUACAAUCAGCAGAAGGCAAUGGAAAAGACUCUCGCAGCGCAUUUAUUUUUGGAUAUUCAUCCAUCACCAAUUCCCUUCACCACUAUCAUCCAGGCACCACGCAAAGCCAGUUCUUAUUAAACAUCUACGAAGAACGGGUAGCGCCAAUGGUCAUGAUCUUCCACAAACCCAGCAUUCGAAAAUCAAUAUACAAAGCAUCAACCAAUGCCGAAUACAUUGACCAGACAUCUGAAUCAGUCGUCUUUUCUAUUUACUUCGCAGCGGCCACCAGCCUAAAGCCAUCAGAGUGUCUCCACUACCUUGGUGAAGAACAUACAACAGUACGCCAACGCAUGCGAUUCGCCGUCCAGCAAGCACUAGCGCGAGUUGAGUUCCUCACAACGCGCAAUCUAGCCGUUCUUCAAGCAAUGGUAUUAUUCCUUACUUGUCUCCGUCAACCGGAAGAUGCGGACUUCGUUUGGACCAUGUCUGCAGUCGCACUUAGACUAGCACGGGGUCUUGGAUUGCAUCGCGAUGGCACUCAGUUCAGAUUAAGUCCAUUUGAGAGUGAGAUGCGGAGACGACUGUGGUGGUAUAUCUACCUACUGGAUAUUCAAAUAUGCGAGUAUCAUGCAAUUAGCAGCGGGAUCGAUGAGGACAGUGUCGAUACCGGGUUACCAUCGAAUAUUGACGAUGCGGAAAUAUCUCCAGAAUCCAAGGAAGUUUCAAGUACAGAGGCUCGCUUCACGGAGAUGACAUUUUGUCUCGCGCGAUGUGAAAUGAUAACUCAUAAUCGACGACUUGCCCGUACUUCCGCGAAAAAAUAUCUGCAAUACUGUGAUGUGUCUGUCCCAAUACAAUGGGUAACCGCUACCAUUCUUCGGUUAGCCAUUGCCCGGUCAUGGUUAGUUGCGCACUUCCCACGUUUAGCAUCCGAUGUCUUCCCACCUUUAGACAGUUCCACGCGCAAUCAACUCUUUCGGACGGCAGUGGAGGUCACAGAAUUUGCGUGCCUCCUCGAAACCGACGAGAGAACCACAAAAUGGUCCUGGCUAUUUAAGGGGUAUGUCCAGUGGCAUGCAAUUGCAUUCGUACUUUCUGAGCUAUGCAAUCGGGAGGAAUCCUCGGAUGACUUGCGCGCAUGGACGGUUGUAGAAGGGGCUUAUAAUAGGUGGAAGGAGAGGGACUUUCGGGAAAGGGGAAUUGUACUGAAAGCGGUUACGCGGUUGAUGGAAAGGGCUACCAGGAGACAUGGACGGUCAAUGCGUGUGGCAGAAGGUUGCCCUGAACAUGUGGAUUGGUCAAUGGAUGAUUCAAAUACUGGUGUGGCGUAUAUGAACUUGUUCCGGGAUUUUCUGCGCAAUGGUAGGACAUAA